AUGACAUCUGAGGCUUUCAAGUUGAAAGGCCUCUCUGAACAAGUCAGAAAUGACUUUAUCAAAGAAGCUGGAGAGAGGCUAGAGGCUCAUCUACCCAGAGAGGCAGAAGAUAAAGCUCGCAGAGAAGCAGAAGAAAAGGCUAGACUGGAAGCAGAAGAGGAAGCCAGAAAAAAAGCUGCAGAAAAGGCCUCCGCUGAGGCUGUUGCUGCUGAAGCUGAAACCAAAGCCAAGGUUGACGCUGAAGAAGCAGCACACAUUGCUGCGGAAGAAGCUGCCAAGGCAAAGGACAUAACUCCGACUCAUGGGGACCCAUCUCAGUCUAACUUUUCUCCACUGGUAUUGAAGACUCUGAAGGAACUACAGAAAGAGCAACAGAUUGUGAGAGCCAGACUGGAUCAACAGGACUCUGUCAACUCCAACAUUCAGAAUCUGCUGACUCGGCUACUGCAAAGGAUGCCACCUCCUCCGAACCCUUAG